UCGGCCUGUUCCGCUCUACUUCAUACCAUACCAUGCCACUGUUUCAUCUCAGUAAUUGUGUAUAAAUGCUAACUCCACUUCUAUAACCGACCCAAACACCAAAAAGGCCUGAAAACAAUAGAACCAUUACACAAAACACACCAAAAACUUUUUAGAUUUGGACUCUAAACUCAAGAAAGUGUCAAAAUUAGCCGACCCUUUUUCUAUAUUUCAUCAUAUUUUUCUGCCCAUAUGGGAUGCUAAAAUGUGUAAAGAUUUGAUAUUUCUUGGUGGGUUUUAGAGGGAUUUCGAAGGACGUGGUAGUGAUGCAGAAGAGGAAGUGGAAAACGGUGGUGCUGGUCAGAAAGUUGCUGACUUUGGCCAUAGGUGCAAUAGCUUUGGUGGCUUUGAUGUCAGUACAUGUUCAUCUGGGACUUUCUCCCUCUGCUGUUACCAGGUCGCUUACAACGCAACAUGAAAUUAUGUCUCAGAACCUGCAAAGAGAGGAAAGAUGGAAUCAAGAUUUUUCUCCGCCUCAUUUACCAAAAUCUCCUCGCUUUCGCUCGUUGGACAGUGCAAGUGGUACUUCGGAUUUGGACAAGUUAUGGAAGCCGCCACCAAAUCGGGACUAUGAACCCUGUGUUGCCCCAAGUCCAUAUUACGCAUCUCCUCCGGAACCUCGUGGUUACCUGCUGGUUCAUGCAAAUGGUGGACUGAAUCAGAUGAGAGCUGGGAUAUGUGACAUGGUUGCUGUUGCUCGUAUUAUAAAUGCAACUCUUGUGAUUCCAGAACUUGACAAACGCUCUUUUUGGCAGGACUCUAGCAAUUUUUCUGAUGUCUUUGAUGAAGAUCAUUUCAUUAAUUCCCUGACAAAUGACAUAAGAGUUAUCAAAAAGCUUCCCAAAGAACUUGUGGCAGCUACUAGAGCGGUUAAGCACUUCAGAAGUUGGUCUGGUGUGGAGUACUAUGAGGAAGAGAUAGCUAGCAUGUGGGAAGAGUAUCAGGUCAUUAGAGCAGCAAAGUCUGAUUCUCGUUUGGCAAAUAAUAACUUGCCGCCAGAUAUUCAAAAGUUGCGUUGUCGUGCUUGUUAUCAGGCACUCCGUUUUGCUCCCACAAUUGAGGCAAUGGGAAAGUUGUUGGUGGAGCGAAUGAGGGCCUUUGGUCCAUACAUUGCUUUGCAUUUAAGAUACGAGAAGGAUAUGCUUGCUUUUAGUGGAUGCACGCAUGAUUUAUCCCAAGAAGAAGCUGAAGAACUAACGGCAAUUAGAGAAAACACCACCUGGUGGAAAGUAAAAGAGAUUGAUCCUAUAGAGCAGAGAGCUAAAGGUUACUGUCCAUUGACUCCAAAGGAGGUUGGGAUGUUCCUUAGUCUUCUUGGAUUUUCAUCAAACACCCCUAUAUAUAUUGCUGCUGGAGAGAUAUAUGGAGGUGAUUCCCGGAUGGCUGAUCUAAGGUCACGCUUUCCCUUAUUGAUGAACAAGGAAACGUUGGCCACUUUUGAGGAGCUUGAACCAUUUACUAAUCAUGCUUCUCAAAUGGCUGCAUUGGACUACAUUGUAUCAGUUGAGAGUGACAUAUUCAUUCCUUCAUACUCUGGAAACAUGGCAAGGGCAGUGGAGGGACAUCGACGUUUUCUUGGGCAUAGAAAAACUAUUUUACCGGAUAGCAAAGCACUUGUUCGUCUUUUUGACAAAAUUGAGCUGGGGACGAUGAAAGAAGGAAAAAACGUGGCAAGUCGAGUCAUUGAGAUUCACAAAAGGCGGCAAGGAUCUCCGCGGAAGAGAAAAGGCCCAAUUUCUGGAACGAAGGGGACUGAUAGAUUUCGGUCAGAAGAGGCAUUUUAUGUGAACCCGUUGCCAGAUUGUUUAUGUCAGAAGGAAUCUCGAUAUACAAACAGUUCAAGAAUCAGAAGGUAGCCAAUGAGGUGCAGAACACAUUCUUCUGGUUCUUUUAUGGCUUUGGGUGUGCAUCAACGCCGCAAUGUGCAUGUAAUUAUUUAUUGAAGAUCGGGCCAUUGGUGCCACCAUUUAUAGAUCAUCGGAUGUGCAUAGGCUUUUUACACAGAUCCAGGGAGACUCUUGACUGAUAGAUAUACGCAUAAAUCAUUUGCAACGAUUGCAGAAGAGAGAUCAUUUUAGGUCGGCACUUAUUUUGUUCAGCAUAGGAUUUGUUUUUUCAGCGGAGUAUAGGAGAGGAGGCAUUUGUAAAAAGAGAUCAAUAGGCAAAGUCAAUGUAAGCAUUCUGUUCGUUUACAAUAAAGCUAAGCUUUUGGUGUAUUAGCCAUUCUUGGAUAUUCAUCCAAUGCAAUAAAAAAUGGGAGAUCAUUUUUCACUUCAAAGAA